UGCACUCGAUCAAGGGUAAAUCAGUUAUUACUACCUCUCUUUAAAAAUUAUUUCAACUAUGAAAUCUACUCUUUUUGGUUAAUGCUUAUAACUUUAGCUAACUAAAAACUAGAAGAACAAGAAAAUUUAGAUCCAUAUCUUUCUGGGAACAUUAGAGAAAAUAUACCUUCUUUUAGACCCAGUAGGUUCAAAACUACAACCAAAGCCUGCUAGGUAUCUAGAAUCUAGUUGACCAGCAUGAUCAAAAUUAGUUAGAGAUCUGAUUAUUAUGUAAUCUGCAGUGAUCGCAGAGGCCCAAAUUGCUGAAGAAAUGCUUUUAAAUAGGCAGAAGUUUAAAAAACAAUAAAGGUGAAGCCAUUUGACUAUUAAAGGUGGCAUAACUUAGGAUUAUGUGAAAAGAUUUCAUACUAAAAGUAAGUGUUACAGUGAGCCUAUUAGACUAUGGUGAUAGCUUGCAUGAGAAGAAACCACUAAAUUGUACAGUAAAGGCGGAACGGUUGGAAAUAUUGUCACUAAGUAAAUUAUUAGUAUAGUGAAGCGAUUUCACUAAGAAUAUUUUCAUCAUUAUAUGACUAAGAGCGUUUCAUUCGAGAUAUGAAAUAAAGAGAACUUCGCAAUAUUGUCGAAUAUGUGUAUUUUAAACCAAUAUAUAAUAAUAAGAGCAAUAAUAUUACAUUCAAGAGCUAUAAAAACCAGCAUCGCUAUUAAAUUAAAUAAAUAUUUCAUAAACAAUGCAAUAUCAAGAGUAUAUGAAACAAUUUGCGUAAACUUUAUAUUUCCGUUAACUGUUCCACUUCUCCACGCUUGUUUACGUUCUUCAAUCCAUAGUCUGCUUGACAGCUUACUGACAAUUUAUCUCUUCAUGAAAAUCUUUCUGAGUCGUUUACGUUGUACUGUCAUCAUAUCCUUAAAGAGCAAAUUACUUUUUUUGCGCUAUUUAGCAUUUUUCGCUUUUAUUUCAACGUCAAAGUCGUCGCUGCUCGUUAUUUAUGGCGUCAAUGACUUGGCGGCUGUCAAAUGAAACAUGUCAAUCUGUGGCUAACACUAGUAAAACGAUGGCGAGCAAUGAUAAAACCAGCGUGGGAGGGGGUAAAGGAAGUAAAGAAUGUAAAAAAGACGUCACUUCAACCGAUUGGGCGAGAGUAAAUAAUUGACAGAAGAAUUGCCAAAAUAACAAGACAAUGUGUGCCGUCAGCGCCGACCCUCCGACUGGCGGCCGGUGGCGGACACACAAGUGCAAUGAACGUGCUGAGCUAGACGGAUGAGUGAGUCGCUGCACCGCAAGCAGCUAUAUAUGUAGGCUGCUGAGAGCACAUCGCACGAGUGCGUCGACGACAAACGAAGCAAUGACAACAGUGACGACGUCGGCGAAUUCACUGCACAAUGACGGACAUACUUGGCGACGACGUAAAGUACAUUAAUACAUACGUUACGUAUUAUAUUUACGCACGUGUGUAUGUAUGAGCUGGCGAAAUUUGCAGACGCUGACGCUGCUUAUGAGCUGUGCGACCGCAAACUAGCGUCCCACUGACAAUUACACUAAUUUGACAGCUGUGACCAAGAGUCUGCCAUGAGACAUAAAUAACAUGAAAGCCGUCAAAAGAAAACAAUAACACAACGCAAUAACAACAACAGCCAUAUUGUCGAAAGACAAAAGAGAAAAGAAAGAAAGUUUUUUUUAUUUAUUUUAGGAAAAAUGUACGAAAAUCUAUAGAACGAUCUGUCUAAAUAAAUAACACAAGAAAGGAUUAAGUCAAAUGCAAAGAAAAUAUGAGAAAAGUGAAAGUAAAAGGCAAAAAGUAAUAAAUGUGCUGCAUGUAAAAGUCAGUCAGUCAGUUGGAAUGUUACAAAUAAAUAGGCGCUUAUUUAUUCAGGCAAUUUGUGGCACUAAAAAUAUGCUUUGCGCUUAUGUGGCAAAUAUUUUUAAGGUAUGAGGUUAUGUAAGGUGUAACAGGUUUCUUUGUGCCUUCUUGUGUGUUUUUCUUUCACUAAGUCUUAAAUUUUUGCACUUUUACUUUUAAAUUCUCUUUUUUAUGCUUAAAUAUCCUUCAAUGCCACACCCCACUCGUUGCCACAUUUAUACACUUAAAUUCAAUUUCUUUGCUGUGCUGCCACAAAUUGUCUGUAAAUUAAAAUCCACUUAGUUAAUUCAAAAAGUCAACGCUGUCCAUCAAGGGAAAGACUUCAAAAGAAACUUGUGCACUUCUUGAACUUUUCUUGCUGACAAAAAGUGUGUUUGCUGUUGUUAUGCAUUGUACUGGACAACAACGGGUUAAAUGUCAGCAACAACUUUGAAGAAGUUUGUAGUUCAUUAAAUACAAGCAUUCUUCAGCGCUUGCAAUCCCAGUCUCAUUGUGUUUAAGAAGAAAAUUGUGAAUGAUUAAACUUUUCUGAGAGAUUAUGAGAACAAUAUAAUUAUUGAGGUGGUUCUUUAAGCAAAUGGAAUGUCGUGUCUUUUAGUUCAAGUUUUUUAAGAAAAUUAAAAGAGGAAUCAUCUUUCAUUUCAAAGUUUUAUGUCUAAAACACUAAUAGCGCUUUAGGCAACCCAGCAAUAUGGUUCAAGUUUUAUACGAUUAUCACGUUACCAACAAGAAGCGACAUGGAGUCAUCUAGACAAUGAGAGUUGAGAUUGAGGUUAAAAUAUUUUGGUGAAGCUGGCGAAGGUGCUGGGAUUAAUAUACCAAAUUUGUGGUGGGCGCAAAGCGCUUCUUCGAGCUAUAUGGGACUGGUAGACAAUCUCUAAGAGCUUUGGGUAUCAUAAACGACCAGAUUUUACAGCAGUCCAAGUGAGAUCCUGUGCCACCUUUGGUGCGAUGAUCAGUCAUACCACCUAACCGAAACUAACAGUGUUGAACUUUACAUAUUCUGAUUUUUUUCCAGUGCUUAUUGUUUUUUGUGGAUACUGUUUCUCCAGAAAUCCUACAUUAGAUGUAUUUUCCUAAACAACCCACUUAUACAUUUAAUGUAAAUAAAGAUUUCUGUGGCACGAAACCUCUUCAGUACUUUAUAAUUUCACGAAAAUUUUUCUUUUUAUUACGCAUGUGUUAUUUUUCACGAAUUACUUGCGUUAUGAUAUUACACAACUAUAAAAAAAGAUAAUUCCAUUCAUAUUCGGAAAGCUAAGACUAAGGUUUCUUUUCGAUAUCUGGUAUCCAUCUGAUUUCUUACGUUAAAAGGUGACCUAUAAUUCUCUCUGCAAAUGGCUGAAGGCUUUAUGAGGAUAUUUUUCAUGGCAAAAAUACGCUCAGAUGUAAACAUUACACUGACUUUGUUGAUCUUUUUGUUUCUAUAAAUCUCUAAAAUACUUAUUAAUUAAAAAGUUUGAAAAAGAAAAUAGCAAAGUUCAAUAAGGUCAGAAGGAGACCCUGUUAGAAUAUCUAGAUUAUCUAGAUAUGGGGUUAAAAUACACAAAAGCUCUAUGUUCCUCAAUUUUAUCACGUGAUGCAACUUUUAACAGCUUUGAAGUUUCACUCUACUUCCUCACUCAUUUUGAAAGCUUGCUGACAAGUAGAAUGAGUCCAUACAGCUUCAUAUAUUUAGCGCAAGAAGGAAUUAGAAUUUAUUUUAAUAAAUAAUAGCACAUAUAAUCAGCUGAAGUCGACUUUCAUUACAAUGAGCACAUUAUCUGCUUUAUAAUGAAUUUCUUUCUUCCGUGUUCUAGAAAAUUAUAGUUUUCACGACAUCUAUCAUAGAUUACUAAAAAUAUCGCAAAUAUUAUUAAGCACAAUAAUAGAAAUGCAAAUGCGCUAUAAUCCCUCACUCAACUUAAUAUAAUACUGUCCUUGAGCACGUGACAUAUUGCUUAGCAGCAAGAAACAAAAGCACUUCACGUAAAUACAAAGGGAAAGUGAGAUUUUGUGAACUCAACACCGCGAAAUAAAAGCAACGGUAAAUUACGUGUAAUUACACCUUUUGUUCAAGGGCUUGACCAGCAGCAAAAUCUGGCAACCGUAAACAAUUCAAAACUACUUUGAACUAUUGUGACACUUCGGUAAUUUUUCCACGAAACGAGCGCAACUGCCCCUUUUAACGGUAUGCAAAAAUAAAUAUUUAUUUCGCGAUCUACAAUACCGCUGAACGCGAGCUGAUCUCUUCGUUCACGCGAAAAUAUCCACACACACGACAAAGAGGUGUAAAGGUAAAAAAUAUAACACGUGGGCACACUUGAAUGAAGCACACGCUUAAUGAACUACUUAAGAAUAAUUGCAAAAAGGAUACCUAAAAUUAGAGAAGCCUGGAAUUUCCCAAACGGCGACGGGUUUGCGAAAUUCGCAUAUACGGCGAGACAGGUAGACAGAGACAGUGGCGAAAGGUGGGCGCGCCGACAAUACGGUCAUAACAUGACAAUCCUGGACGAGACAGAUUGAGCCAGCUACCUGUGUACACCUUUGGCUAUAAAAGGUGCGCGCCGUGAGGCAGAGAGCAGCAUUCGCUAGAAUAUCGUUGCAAUCUAAACAACACGGCUAAAGCAAAAAAAAGUAAGAAAAAUAAUUCUAAAAUUAAGAAAUUUAUUUGCGAAACAAACGAGAAAAAACAAAUACAGAAAUGGCCACGCAACAAAACGCCAGUUUUUUCUCCAUACCGGUUUUCCAUUCGUCCUCGGAAUUUCGCGUAAACACAGCCUACUUCUCCAAGGAAGAUUUGUCACUGUUCGUGAAAAAUUUGGAGACCAUUGAAAAUCUGAAACGUAAACAGCGUCAACGUCGUCAACACUUCGAGGAGCAAAUACGUGAGACACGCUUAAUACUGGAGAACUCGCUGCAAAUCGCAACGCAGCCAAGCAAUAUCGGCUGCAUUCCAAGUCCCACAUCAUCGGUGAACGAAGAACUGCGUGAUUUAUGCAUCACGAAAGAAACACAGCGGCGUAUUCGCCAAACAACGGCGUCGCCAACCGAUCGCCAAGAACUGCAGCCAAAACGACCGAUCUCAUUGCGCAGAUCCUCGGACGAGGAAGAGACUUACUUCAGCGAUGCCAAUGCAAGCCUGGAUCGCACACCAGUUAGUACGGCCAAAAAACCACGCCUGUUGUUCGCCACAUCACCGAAACCAUUGAAGGCUAACAAUCCGGGUUCGGAUUCUGAGGAGUCUGGCAUAUACCCAUUAAUUUGUACACCACAGCAAAAACCAGUCCGUGUACGCACGAGCGCACAAUUUGAGAAGCCGAAAGUUUCAGCCGGCUCACGCAUACUUGCAGUGCUGCUGAGACGCGAGAUCUUACGUGACCAUCAAAAGGAGCGACCCGAAGACAUAAUACGCAUCAAGAAAGCCUCCUCCAAUCUCAACGUGAGCAAAGGGCACGAAGAAAAUGAUUUCCACGAGUUCAUCAAGCAGAAGUACAAGCGCUUCGCCCUACGUUAUAUACGCAAACUAAAGAAGCAUGUCGUCGUCGAGGAAGAACAGGAGAAACCCAGCGACUUGGAGAUGUUGGACAAAGCGCUGCGCUACAUGACAUUAUAAGACACAGAAGCAUGCAAUAGCAAGCGAAUACAUACGAAAGAUGCCAAACGAAAAUCUCAAAGAGAUGACGCACUGAUCGUAUGAAAAAGAGUACUGAGCGAAAGACACGAAGCAGGACAAAGGCGAUAUACUUUUUGGAAACAAUGAUGGUUAUGAAAAUUAGAUGUAUUAUUAAUUUAUAUUUAUGUAGAUGUAUAAGUAUUGUUAUUAAAAGAUAAAGCGUACAAAAAACACA